CGGCACUUCCGGGUUGGGAGGAGACACGUGAGUGUCAGCUACUGGGAGCAACAUGGGGCCCUGGCCGUGGCUCCUACUCUACUGUGUGCACAAUGUUGCAGCAACGAAGAUGAAGAUUGUUGAAGAACCAAACACGUUUGGGUUGAACAAUCCAUUUUUAUCUCAAACGAACAAACUACAAAGAAAAAUGGAUCCGUCACCUAUUUCAGGUCCUUCACACCUUUUCCGGUUGUCUGGAAAGUGUUUUAAUUUUAUUGAAUCCACAUACAAAUAUGAAUUUUGUCCUUUUCACAACAUAACGCAGCAUGAACAGUCAUUCAGAUGGAAUGCCUACAGUGGGAUUUUAGGGAUAUGGCAUGAGUGGGAAAUUGAGAACAAUACAUUUAGUGGCAUGUGGAUGAGAGAAGGGGAUUCCUGUGGAACCAAAAAUCGACAGACCAAGGUUCUACUGGUUUGUGGAAAAAACAACAAGCUGGCUAAGGUGUCAGAGCCAAGUACAUGUGUCUACUCUCUGACUUUUGAAACUCCUCUUGUUUGUCACCCACACUCUCUGUUGGUGUAUCCAACUCUGCCUGAAUCAUUGCAAGUAAAAUGGGAUGAGGUAGAACAGUCACUAUAUGAUGAGCUAAUAACCGAUCAGGGUUAUAGGAAAUCGUUGCAGGACAUUUUUAAAGAAGCAGGGUACUUGAAAUCCACCAGUGAUGACAAAAAAGAAAACGAAACAGAGAUCAAGGGGUUUGAUUUACUGGAGACGUGUAACGUGGCUUACAAAGACUUGAACAAAGAAGUACAACGGCUACAAAAGAUUUUGGAUAGCAUGUCAUACGAUAAAAAAGCACCAAGUCAAGAAACAGCCCUCUUGCAUGGUUUAAACACAACCACAGCAAACGUUGAAGCCAAAGAUCACCUGCGUGGUGAUACAGGUGACAGAAAUGAUAGAUGACCUGCCAGUGAUCCUUCUGUAAGAGAUUCUCUGAAGUUUAUAAAAACAUCCUUUUCAGAUUGCCUUAUGGACUACCGAGUCUCAUUCUGUGAAAUAUUUCUCAAUGAGUUACUGUCGUAAGUUGGUUGUCAUUUGUCAAAGAGCGAGACCUGGAUAUAAAGAGUUGCAUGCAUGUGAAUUGGAGACAUCGUGCACACUUUCUGGGGAAAACACAGAUGAACGCUGUAAAUCCUUGAGCAAGACUCAUUGGGUUCUCUAAUUUCACAAAACGUUUGAAUUCCAAAUCAUCGAUUUGUAAUUGUAAAUUAUGACACUACGUAUUCUGUAAUGAAAUGGCCUUCAUGACCAUUGGUAAAAGGCUUAUACAGCA